CCCCUUCGGCAACCUUAGCUCCCGGGCUGGUGCUCCAGCUGUUCUAGGCCCGGGCUUGAGGGUCCGGCCCGCGGUAGCCCCCCGCGCCCCGGCCGCCGCCGCCGCAGGCUCCCGCCCCCCUGCCCGCCGCGGGGCCGCCGCCGGGCGGGACACUCAGGGCGGCUGCCCGAGCUCCGGACCGCGGCCGCCGUCUACCACACACCCCGCGCCGCCCGCCACGUCCCCAGUCCCGGCCGGCGGCGCGGCAUGCCGGGUGACCUUUCCGGGCCCGGGGCGAUGGCGGCUCCCGGCCCCAGGCCGGCCCGGCCUCCGGGGCGCCCCGAGCCCCGGCCCGGGCGCGUCUCGCCGCCGCUGACGCUGCUGCUGCUGCUGCUGCUGCUGGCGGCCGCGGGGCCGGCGCGCGGCUGGGAGAGCGGGGACCUGGAGUUGUUUGACCUGGUGGAGGAGGUGCAGCUCAACUUCUACGAGUUCCUCGGGGUGCAGCAGGAUGCUUCAUCUGCAGACAUUAGAAAAGCAUAUCGUAAGCUUUCAUUAACUUUGCAUCCAGACAAGAAUAAAGAUGAAAAUGCAGAAACUCAAUUUAGACAAUUGGUGGCCAUUUAUGAAGUUUUAAAGGAUGAUGAACGAAGGCAGAGGUAUGAUGAUAUUCUGAUCAAUGGACUUCCAGAUUGGCGACAGCCUGUAUUCUACUACAGGCGGGUGAGAAAAAUGAGCAAUGCUGAGCUGGCAUUACUUUUGUUCAUUAUCCUCACAGUGGGUCAUUAUGCUGUGGUGUGGUCAAUCUACCUGGAAAAACAACUGGAUGAACUGCUUGGUAGAAAAAAAAGAGAAAAGAAAAAAAAGGCAGGUGGCAAGACUGUGGAUUUAUCAAAACUUGGUGCUUCAGAAAAAAAUGAAAGAUUACUGAUGAAACCACAGUGGCAUGAUUUGCUUCCAUGCAAGCUGGGGAUUUGGUUUUGCCUUACACUAAAAGCAUUGCCUCAUCUAAUCCAGGAUGCUGGACAGUUUUAUGCUAAAUAUAAAGAAACAAGAUUGAAGGAAAAGGAAGAUGAAUUGACUAGAGCUGAACUUGAGACACUUCAAAAGCCAAAGAAAGUUAAAGUAAAAAAAACAAAACCAGAAUUUCCUGUAUAUACACCUUUGGAAAGUGCAUAUAUUCAAUCAUAUGAUCAUGGAACUUCUAUAGAAGAAAUUGAGGAACAAAUGGAUGAUUGGCUGGAAAACAGGAACAGAACACAGAAAAAACAGGCACCUGAAUGGACAGAAGACGACCUCAGCCAGCUGACAAGAAGUAUGGUUAAGUUCCCAGGAGGGACCCCAGGUCGAUGGGAAAAGAUUGCUCACGAACUGGGUCGAUCGGUGACAGAUGUGACAACCAAAGCCAAACAGCUGAAGGACUCCGUCACCUGCUCCCCAGGGACCGUGAGGCUCUCUGAGCUCCAGCCCAGGCCGGGCAAGGCGGCCGUGGCCCUGCCCGACCACCUCCUCACACAGCGGGAGGCCCCGCCGCCCGGGCCCGACGGCGAGGAGAAGCCGGAGGCCGAGGGCCAGCCCCGGAGACGCAGGCCCGCCCGGCCGGCCGAGGCGGCAAAGCCGGAGCCGGAGGAGAAGCCCCGCGGAAAGAGGCAGAAGGACUUCGAUACAUCAGAGCACAACGCGUCCAGCGACGAGGAGAGCCAGCGGGGAGAGAGGAGCCGCUCUGCCGAGGAGCCAUGGACUCAGAACCAGCAGAAACUUCUGGAGUUAGCGUUACAGCAGUACCCGAAGGGCUCCUCUGACCGCUGGGACAAAAUAGCCAAAUGUGUCCCGUCUAAGAGUAAGGAAGACUGUAUCGCUAGAUACAAGUUGCUGGUUGAACUGAUCCAAAAGAAAAAACAAGCUAAAAGUUGAAUAUUCUGGAAGAUGAUGUUCACCUUCAUUUUCCAAAAUGAGUAUUUUAAAACUCUUAUGCAGAAAUUUGCAUUUUGUACCUCAACAUUCUAUGACUCAUGUGCCUUAAUAAAAAAAACAAGUUUAAAAUAAAUCUU